CCAAACUUUCUCCCUUUUGCUGCUUCCCCAGGCUAUUUAUUGGAUUACCAGGGCUAUCCCUGCUGUGCUCCAGCCAGGCUGUCAAAUGCCUUGAAAUCCAGGACACUCGCUAGCCAUAUCAAAACAAUCCGUCUUUUGUCUCAAUUUCCUAACAUGCUUCUUCCUGGAAACUAUCUCUGGUGCUAACUACAAAUGUGUGUUUGGGGGCCUUCAGAAUCCGGUAAUCUCCCUGAUCUGGGCCUUAGAUUCCACAUUUAAAUUUGUACCCUGACUGCUUCUUUGCUCUCUGAAAUUUGAGGACCACAGCCCAAGAGCCUUGCUAGUUAUCAUUUAGUAUGGAAGAAGAUGAGUUCUUUGGAGAAAAAACAUUCCAGCAUUGUUGUGCAGAGUUCAUUAGACAUUCACAGCAGAUAGGUGAUGGCUGGGAAUGGAGAACUUUGAAGAAUGCAAGCUUCAUGAGGAAAAGAACCUGUUCACUUUCUGUUCACUACUGUAACCCUGAGGCUGAGUACAAUAUAUUGCAUGAAGACUCUUCUGAAGGCUACAUGUGCAAAACACACUUUCAAAUUAAACCCGAGACUCUGAUGUCACAUUCGGGAACAUCUGCCUGUGUACAGACAUGUCUACCCAUUGAGGAGGCUUUAGAACUACCCCUGGAUGAUUCUGAAGUGACUGAGACCACAACGGGAAGCCAAGUGAUUAAAUAUGAAUAUCAUGUUUUAUACUCCUGUAGCUACCAAGUGCCUGUGCUUUACUUUAGGGCAAGCUUUUUAGAUGGAAGACCUUUAGCUCUGAAGCACAUAUGGGAAGGAAUCCACGAGUGCUAUAAGACAAGGCUGCUGCAGGAGCCAUGGGACACUAUUACCCAACAGGAGCAUCCAAUACUUGGGCAGCCUUUUUUUGUACUUCAUCCCUGCAAGACGGAUGAAUUCAUGACUCCUGUGUUAAAGAAUUCUCAAAAAAUCAAUAGGAGUGUCAACUACAUCACAUCUUGGCUGAGCGUUGUAGGGCCAGUUGUUGGGCUAAAUCUACCUCUGAGUUAUGCCAGAGCAGCUUCUGAGGAUGAAUGAAAUGUCCAUCAACAAGGUGCAUACUGAACAUUUUUUAUUUGAUCUAUUCUAUCAAGUUUUACUGCAGUCUUACAUGUUAUAACACCUUUGGGUUCUUAUCCUCUGCUUUUACUCCUGAGGUGAAGCUUUGCAUCCUUUUUCUGAUUAUGCCUUUGCCAGUGAUAUUGGAGAACUUUUCUCUAAAAUGGCCCAUUGUUCCAUGAGGUCAGCUGGUACCAUCAAGGCAGAAGGUGAAAUGUACAUUUUGUAAUUUCUGCAGACUGGAGAAUCCAUCCACAGAUCCUCACCACAUUGGAGACAUUUCAUCAAUGAUAUCAAACCAUAGACAACUUCUUGUGACUGUUCUCAGCUGUGAUUAAAAUGGACAAUUUUGUAAUAUGUGACAAAAUAUAUUCAUUAUUAUACAGAUUUAAUAGCUGGUUUCUUGUGAAGGAACCCCUUUAAAAGUCUGAAGAAUGUGCAGAACCCAUUUUCAGAAAAAUGUGUGUGUGUGUGUGUGUGUGUGUGUGUGUUUGCAUAUACACACCCACAUAAAUCACACCCACCCCUAAUAUAUAUCAGAAAAUUCUGCACACAGUUGCAGGAGAUUCCUAGACUCUCUAAAAUCUAUGAGACAAAUCCUAGAUCAAGAAACUUGGUCAAUAAAUUGCAUUCACAGUGGCUUCCAUAUUAUGUCCUGAUCAAGAAAAAGAGGAGUAUAGUGACAGAAAAAAAAAAAAAAACCUACUUAAUUAUAAAUAAGAAAAUGUAUAAAAUACAGAAGGAACAAGAUCAACUAUUGUAUAUGGAAUUAAGAGUUUGGGGUAAAAAAAUGGAACUUACGGAGAACCUAAAGAAGGGGAAAGGGUCUUACUACCUACAAAUACACACAAAACAGAGCAUCAAACUAUAUAGAAAAAAUAUAAAGACAUAAUUAAGAUUGGAUAAAUUCACAAAACUGAUGGGAAAAAAAGUGGUAUGACAAAACGACCUAUUUCCUAUUGCUGUUUCCAAAGCAAGUGUUAAUAGACAAAACAUGUUUCAGCAAGUAGUGUUUCUCUCAACUCUUCUCAGCUGUGAUUAAAAUGCAAUAUUACUUAAAAUGUGGCUUACUUUGCCCACUAUUGUACAGAUUUAAACAUUAGCUGACUGAUUAAAAGUGGUAAGGAAGCAUAAUAUAUUCAUAGCAUCUAAACUUACUUGAAAAUUUGGGUAUGCUCAAUAUGUCCUACACUUUAAAUCCAGACACGUAACUUGAGCCCUUGUUUUGUUUCUAAUUAACCACAGCAAAAGAGAUUUUAGAAAACUAGACUCUAAAAAACAAAAAACAACAACAAAAAAAACCUCGUCGCCAUCAGUAGAGAACAGAAUUCAUGUCAAUAUUAUCACAAAGAACCAAGCAGAUCCUUGGUAGACAUGUGGAAAGUACUUUUCUGACUGGAAGAUCUGAAAGAGUGAUAUGGGGCCAUCAUUUCCUCCUCCCUUCUGAGGGAGCAGCACUCCUUAGCACUAGAAUUACUGUUCAAAGCUUCAGGUUGUCUGGGAAGCCAAAUGUGUUAAAAGGAAGGGAUUCUGAUGGUGCUCAUCAUGUGUGGCUAAAGUUCCAAGGUUCUGUGUGCGAGAGGUCCCCUCAUUUUUGAAGUUACACACCACACAUUAAAGGCUUGAAUGACAACCUGAAUGAGGUGGCCACUGGGUGUGUGCAUAUUUGGAAAUGUUGGUUAUCUGUGGUCAUGAGUCCCUUCAAAUGUGUCACUCUAAAAAUGACUUUCUCCUAAUGAGACAUAAAAUCAUGCGGUUUUAAUGUUUUAAUGCUUUGGUCUAGAACUCCUGUGGUCAUAUUAUCAUGACAAUAAGCUUUAGAAAUCCACUCAUCUUUCUUACAUACUAACAAACAUAACAUCACUUAACCAAAUAAUAUGGACAGUGCUAGAAAGUAAGAAUGCUUAGUACAACCUGCUAAGACAAUCCCUCAACUGUAGUGUCAUAAGAAAUAUGAGCUGAAACUUGAAUGAUCCAUUGAAACAGAUUUUAUCGGUUAAAAUAAAGAUUAUACAAGCUGCCGUUAGUGAAAAUUUUAUCAUAAUAUGUAAUUUAUGAUGUCAGUCUCUUUUCUUGACUGUGCAAAGCUAAUAAAGAAAGGUUAGCUACUGGGA